GAAUCAGGAAAUGGCCCUUUUUUAACCAAAGCCUAUGAAAUGUACCCACUUUAAACUCUUUUCAUUUUAAUUGCAGUGGCUGCAGGAACGGGGGCUGUGGAAUCCAUUUAUGAGUAAAUAAUCGCCUAUCACGGUGUGGGGUCGCCGGACUGGCCCGUGAUUUUUGCUGAUCAGAUUCUCAUAUGCACCUUCAUGUCAUCUGUCGCUCUCCAAGUCAACUUCAACAAUACCUCCACAAAAUCAAAUUGCGGUUUUCCCUCCUCAAUUUCAAUCACUCAACUUUAAACUUAAACUCAUGUUUAUUCAUGUAAAAAGAUAAACCCAUUAUGUAAAUUCAUACAGAAUUUUAUUUGAGUUAUGCGUAUUAACGUCUGUGUAUGAGUAAUCAUGAUAUUAUGUCAUCCGACAACUCCAUUAUUUAGAAAUUUAUAAACAAAGACAACGACAUGUCUUCUUCAUUACUAAUUCAAUGCUUAUUAUAUUAUUAUUAUUAGCCAUACCCCUUUGAUACCCCCUUACUGUGCUUUUUUUAAAUGUUUAAUACUAUAUUAAUUAUAUUUAGUUUUUGAUUGUGAAUGAACGAAUGAAUGAAUGAAUGAAAUGGGGAGGUUCAGUGCUGUCGGUGGAAGGAACAGAGAGGAGAUGGCAAUGCCAUCACAAAAGCCGAUUGAGGCUUCGUUGAGAGGAGACAUAGAUUUAGUUGCCCAGAUUUUGACGCUAGACCCAGUGGAUGUUAAUUAUAUUGGGACUGUGAGUUUGAGAGUUAAGUGCAUUGAAACUCUGCUUAGAGAGGACAAGGCUGUUGAGGUUGAGAUUGAGUUUAGAGACUUGGUCACUGAUGUCACUCGUCUUUUUGCGGCUGCUCAUUCGGGUCAUGUGGAGGUUGCCCGAAAACUUCUGUCAGCUGGAGCUGAUGUUAACCAGGAGUUAUUUCGGGGAUUUGCAACUACUGCUGCUGCUCGUGAAGGUCACUUUGUCCUUAUUGACAUGCUUCUCAAGGCUGGUGCAUCUCAGUCAGCUUGUGAGGAUGCUCUACUUGAAGCUUGCCUCUGGGGUCAGGCUAAAGCUGCAGAAUUGUUGAUCUGUUCAGGGAUGAUAGGACCUAAUGUUGGCCAACACGCACUUGUAUCUGCAAGCUGCAGAGGAUAUGUUGAUGUUGUGGCAACCUUAAUCAAGAAUGGAGUAAAUCUAAAUUGCUUGGACAGGGUUCUCUUGCGUUCAUUCAAACCCUCAUUGCAUGCUAAUGUAGACUGGACUCCAUUAGUGGCUGCAAUUGUGAACAGACAAGUUUCCAUGGUUAAAUACUUGUUGGAGGCAGGAGCAAAAACUGAUUGUUGUGUCAGGAUAGAAGCCUGGUCAUGGGACAUCUUCUCUGGCGAGGAACUGAGGCUUGGUGCAUGUUUGGGUGAGCCAUACAAUGAUGUCUGAUGUGCAGUUGAAUAUUAUGAAUCCAGUGGACAAAUUUUAAAACUCUUGCUUGGGCACCGAAUUUCAUCCCUUGAAAGUCAACAACAAGGCAGAAACCUUCUUUGCCAUGCCAUUCUCUGCCAGAAUCCGGAUGCUGUUAAUGUGCUCCUUAAUGCUGGUACUGAUAUCGAAUUUCCUAUAAGGACCAAGAAGGGACAUGAAUCUCGUCCUCUUCAUUUGGCCGCUAGAGUGGGGUGUGUUCUCAUUUUGAAACAAUUGAUAUUGCAUGGUUGCCAAAUUGAUUUGAGGACUGAAACUGGGGACACAGCCUCGAUGUUGGCUGCGAAAGCAGAUCAAGCUGAGCUUAUUAUUUCUGGUGCUGAUUUAGGUCUGAUCAACAAUAAUGGUGACAGUGCUAUGCAAUUGGCAAAGAGAAGUGCUUUUGGAUCCUCUGUAGCCAAUAUCAUCCGGCAGGCUAUCAUUAUGGAAAAGAGAGUUUGUUCCACCAAUCUUGAGGUGUUCUCUGUUUUACACUUUGUUACAGCCAUGGGCAAUGUAGAGCUUCUGCAGAUAUUACUGCAACAAUCAACAGAGGAUAUAAAUAAGCAUGAUAAGUUAGGUAUGACACCGAUUGCAGUUGCUGCAAAAGCUGGCUGUCCUGAGGCUUUCCGGCUCCUCAUAAAUUAUGGGGCUGACAUCAAUGUCAAGAGCAGGGAUGAGCAAACUGUUGCUUCUAUCUUGCUGCAUAAUGCAAAUGCUAGUGUCGUAUCCCACUUUGAAGAGAUACUGCUUGAUGCUGUUCUUGCUCAUAGGCUGACGGGCUACUCCGAAUUUAGAGCACUUCAUUUUGCAGCGCAAAUCGGAAACUUGUCAGCAAUAGUUCAGCUUUUGGCAAUGGGAUUCCCCAUGAAUCCUGUGAAUGAAAAUGGAUAUACACCUCUCAUGCUUGCAGCAAAAGAGGGCCAUGCUGAUGCCUGCAAGCUUUUAUUGCAAAGAGGCGCAGAUUGUGGGAGUGCCAACUUCAGAGAUGAGACAGCUUUAUCCCUUGCUAAGAGAAGUAAUAAAUCCAAAGCUGGAGAAAGUGUGAUAUUUGAUUUUUUAGCUCGUUCACAUGUGCUGCUGGGUGAGGAGCUCUUCAAACACACUCGUGAGGGAAGAGGGUCACCACAUAUAAAGGUUGCUUGUAUGCUCAAAUCAGGCUAGUUGACAUGGGGAAAGUCUAGUUGGAGGAAUGCAGUGUGUAAGGAGGCCAUGGCAGGGCCAAGUGCGAGCUUUUUAAAGAAUCGGAAAAAGAUUAAAACCUUUAGGGUGUUAACAGAGACAGGAAGGGAGAUCCAUUUUGAGGCUGGUUCAACUUUUAGUUUAGAACUUUGGAUUCGUAGUAUUAAUCUCAUUAUAAAGGAGCCAACUCCCGGAGUGUCAUUACCAAAUUUUUUGUUGGAAUAAGAUAGGAUUAAUGAAUGUGCAUAUGCAUAGUUAUUGGCUUUUUUCCCCUUA